CAGGGGGCGGGGUCACGGCCCCCCAGGGUUGGCGUGAGCCGCCAGAAACCCGCAAAGCUGAGGCCGGCCUCCGCGUCGCCAUGGCAGCGGGAACGCUUCGGCCACUGACUAGGUAAAUGCAGCGGAGCCCAGAAGGGCUGAGGACAGGUGUCGAGCCCGACAGACCGAUAAUAAGAGGUGGCCCUGAUUUGGCUCUUCUAGGGACUCUGAAGAUGGGGACUCAAGUGAUUGGGAGAUUCUGUAACACCUUGCUGCCAGCAGAGCCCUCUCAACAGCUGCAGGCCUAUGUGGCCUGGGUGAAUGCACAGCUGAAGAAGAGGCCAUUGGUGAAGCCUGUACAGGACCUGCGAAAGGAUCUCCGGGAUGGGGUGAUCCUGGCAUAUCUCAUCGAGAUUGUUGCAGGAGAAAAGCUGAGUGGGGUACAGUUGAGUCCUAGUAACCAACAAGAGAUGAAGAAUAAUGUGGAGAAAGUGCUACAGUUUGUGGCCUCCAAAAAGAUUCGUAUGCACCAGACUUCAGCUAAAGAUAUUGUGGAAGGAAACCUAAAAUCUAUCAUGAGGCUGGUCCUUGCCUUGGCAGCUCAUUUCAAACCUGGUUCUAGCAGGACAGUAAGCCAAGGACAAGACUCCAGAUCCCCACUGCAGAGUCACCAACCACACUGUGCCACAGCAGUAGCCCAGGGAGCAGCUGCUGCUCUGGCUGAUGUGUGCCAUGAUAUGUCACGGUCAGGACGGGAUAUUUUCCGAUACAGACAGAGGAACAGCAGUAUGGAUGAGGAGAUUGAGAAUCCAUACUGGAGUGUGCGGGCGCUGGUGCAGCAGUAUGAAGGGCAGCAACGGUCCCCGUGUGAGUCCAGCUGCUCCAGCCUGACUUCACCCAGUCCAAUCCACAGUGCAAAGAGUGAAUCCAUUAUAACCCAGGCGGAGGAGAAGGCAGAUUUUGUGAUUAUUCCCUCAGAAGGAAUAGAGAACAGAACAGAGGAGACAGACUCUCCAUUACCUCGAGACUGGCAGCCAGGGAGCCCUGGAACCCAUCUGGAGACCUCAUGGGAAGAACAGCUGUUGGAACAACAAGAACACUUAGAAAAAGAAAUGGAGGAAGCAAAGAAAAUGAUAUCAGGACUACAGGCCUUACUGCUCAAUGGAUCCUUACCUGAAGAUGAACAGGAGAGGCCCCUGGCCCUCUGUGAACCCGGAGUCAAUCCCGAGGAACAGCUGAUUAUAAUCCAGAGUCGUCUGGAUCAGAGUAUGGAGGAAAAUCAAGACCUAAAGAAAGAACUGUUGAAAUGUAAACAAGAAGUCAGAAAUUUACAGGGGAUAAAGGAUGCCUUGCAGCAGAGGUUGACUCAGCAGGACACAUCUGUUCUUCAGCUCAAACAAGAACUACUGAGGGCAACUAUGGACAAAGAUGAGCUGCAUAACCAGAAUGUAGAUCUGCAGAGGAAGCUAGAUGAGAGGAACCGGAUCUUGGGCGAAUAUAAAAAAGAGCUGGGGCAGAAGGAUCGCCUCCUUCAGCAGCAGCAGGCCAAGUUGGAAGAAGCAAUCCGGAAACUCUCGGAUGCCAGUUACCAGCAGGUGGAUCUAGAACGGGAGCUAGAACACAAAGAUGUCCUUUUGGCUCAUUGUAUGAAAAGAGAGGCAGAUGAGGUGACCAACUACAACAGUUACAACUCUCAAAGCAAUGGCUUUCUCAUUCCAAUGGCAGGAAAAGGAGCUGCAUCCAUCACUCACAGAGGGACCAGCGACCUGCAGCUUGUUCGAGAUGCUCUGCGAAGCCUUCGCAACAGCUUUAGUGGCCAUGACCCUCAGCAUCACACCAUCGACAGCUUGGAGCAGGGCAUCUCUAGCCUCAUGGAGCGCCUGCAUCUCAUGGAGACACAGAAGAAACAGGAAAGAAAGGUUCGGGGCAAGUCACCCAGAACUCAGGCAGGCAGUGAAUACCGGGACUCUUGGCCACCUCACUCAAAACUGCCUCACUCACAGAGUUCUCCAGCUGUCAGCAGCGCCUGCACUAAAGUGCUCUAUUUCACUGACCGGUCACUUACGCCCUUCAUGGUCAAUAUACCAAAGAGGUUGGGGGAGGUGACAUUGAAGGAUUUUAAAGCAGCUAUUGAUCGGGAAGGGAAUCAUCGAUAUCACUUCAAAGCGCUGGAUCCUGAGUUUGGCACUGUCAAAGAGGAGGUUUUCCAUGAUGAUGAUGCCAUCCCUGGAUGGGAAGGAAAAAUUGUAGCCUGGGUGGAAGAAGAUCAUGGAGAGAAUUAACCCUGAGGAUUGAAAUCUAAUUAUUCUCUGGCUGCUUCACUCAGGAAAGGGGACUAAAACCAGAGUGCACUAAGAAGUUUCUAAAUUGUGCUACCAGUAUCAGAGCUUCUCCAAGUGUGAAGGUCACAGGCCAGUCCUGAUUCUGUGCCUGGCAUAUCUGGUACUUAAAAUCCUUAUCCAAAUGUAGACCAUGGGUUCAUCUGGAAUUCCUUGCCACAGGAAAGGUGUUUUGUUCCACUCUGAGGACAACAAACCGAAGGCCUUAACCAAUGGGGAUGAAUGAUCCCGCUCCUGUGGGGGCAUGGCUGCUAUUAUCUGGAACCUGGGAAUUGGAUGCAUCACUCCUGUGUGUUACAGUAUUAAUUUAAUUGGCCUCAAUGUUUGCACCAAUCAGAGUCCCAGCAUUUGGACUCACAGACAAGGCAAAGGUACCAACUUUUCUGCUUCUUUGCAGAUACUGGAAACUAAGAAUAACUCAUGAGGUGGUACCAAAGAUGAAAGCUACUGUUCAAUGAUCGUUUGAACUGGACAUGGAUGAUGCUGAAUUGUUGAUUGGAUGGAAAAAGGGCUGCCCAUAUUGUGCUGUACUGUGCUAAAACCAUAAGACCUUGGGCCACUUCUUCUGGUCUUGAUUCUGCAGCUUGUCCUUUGGCCCACAUAAAGUAUAUUUCAUAUACUACUAGUUUUCUCUGGGACUCUUUAACAUUAGAGCCAUUUAUUUUUCUUCGAACUGAUGACCUUUGUGUUUGAAAGGAAUUAGGAGUGAAAUAUUCCUUAAAAAUCCAGGCGGGUAUGGAAAGGUGCUGCUACCCAUAUCUUCUUGACUUUGUCUCAUGACUUUAACUCAUGGUAUCUCCUUUGCAGUUAAAAGGAGACAGACCAUUAGUUUCAGUGUUUCAUUGUGAUUUAUGAGUACUGAGCAUGAAUUACUGGUCUGCUUCUCAUUUUAAGAUUAGAGUUACUUUCUAUUACAUAUUUAGUCUAGGCUGAUGUUUUAGGGCACAAUUGAAACCAUGGGGGGCUGGGGAUUUAGCUCAGUGGUUCUGCCGCCUGCCUUGCAAGCACAAGAUCCCGAGUUCAAUCCCUGGUAACAAAAACAAAACAAAACAAAAAACCCUAGAAACCAUGGGGCAUGGAGCAUGAGUUGUGAAUGGCAGGGUUGAUUGAGGGGAAAGAAACCUAGAAUCAUUUCUCAUGUGGAACACCGUCAAGUGUAGAAGCUAAAAGUGUUCAACUUCUAGAGACUACUUAAUAACCUGGGUUUUCUCAUUCAUCCACCCAGCACUACCAACUAAUCAGCCAUUUUAUAUACAUAUAUAUAUAUAUGUAUAUGUGUGUGUGUAUAUAUAUAUAUAUAUAUAUAUAUAUUUUUUUUUUUUUUUGGUCCAAAAGCAGUCUGUGACCACCAGCGUACACUGCCAAACAGAAGAGAGGACAGAUCAGUUUUAUGUUCUUGACCUAUGUCUUCAGUUCAUCUCCUCUCUCUUCAGACACUGAACAGACUACUCUUUGGAACUGAGAUAACAUCUUAUUGUUUUAUAUGGACAUGUCUUUUAAAAAUACUUAAUGUUUGGAGAAUUAUUUUAUACUCAUUUGCUUUUUGUCUGAGAACCAUGUCUAUUUUUAUAACUCAAGUGUGAGUUCUAUAUACUCUCAACAUUCUCUAUACUGUGUCCAUUUUCUAGAGAACCCAGUAUGUUUUAUACAGUCUCUUAACAACUCUUGUGGUUUCGGAACAAGUUUUAUUUUAUUACAAGUAUACUAAUGACAACUAAUUUCUGUCCAAUUCUACCUAUUUUAGUUGUGGGAGUAGUUUUAUGUAAUCCAGUUGAUUGCUCUUCAAGAAGACUGAAGAAGUUCAAAAGACAUCUGAUUUCUUUUGUGUAAGUUUACUUGGUCUUCUAUUGAAGAAUAAUUUAUCAUCAGAACAGCUGGGAAAACGUGGGAAAGUCAGCCAUAAGCAAGAAUAAUACAUUAUGAAAGCAAAUAGAAAACAAUGAAUUUUGGGUUUUUCUUUUUUCCCAAGAAAUCUGGAGAAAAAAUUCUUUAUAUCACCAGUUUCUCUGUUGCAUGAAUUUUAGUGUUUUGCUAUACAACAGCAUGAGGGUUAUCAGGCCAAAAUUUGUUAUUUCCAUAAAAUUUUUCUUGACUGUCUCUUAAAUCAGUUACUCAUCAGUUUUCUUUCAGUGAACAGUCUUACCAUUAGGUAAAAUUUAACUUUCCAGAGAAUAUUAAAUCAAAUAAAAAUUUCAGAGUCCUCUUCCUUGUGUUUUUUCUCACUCUUUUGGAAAAGGAGUCACCAUAGUGCCUCCAUAAGAAGUUGAAUUCAGAAGAGAACAUGGGAUAAAUUUUUCCCGUUACCUCAUUAAUCUCAUGUACUAUCAUGAGAUUAGGUAAGGGUACCAAUCAUCCUUACUAGAUGAUGUCACUUAAGUAACUCUUGUGUAAAUUGUGUUGGUGAUCUUCAUUCCAGAAGUAAAAGGAACCUUCUCAGCAGGAGUGGGCAUUGAUUGUUGUGAAAAGUCUCCUAGUUGGCUGCAGUCUCAAAGGCCUUGAGAUUUAUUCAUACUAUUAUCCCUUAGAGGAACUCAAGUGAGAUAUUCCACCCUGGUACUUUUGAAGUUUUUUUCCCUUUAGAAAUCUAGAGAACUAGAAGAUUUAGGGUUCAUAAAAUAAUCUCUAAACCAUGUUAAAGCAAAUGACUUUCUCAAAAUAUUUGUUUAGUUGAGAGCUUAAUUUCUUAACUUUAGACUGUUCUUGCUCAUUUCUCUAAAUUAUGUGGGAUUGGGACACAAUUCCAAUUUGUACCUAAAGAUUUUGGUUAAAUACACUUGGUAAUGGGCUGGGGAUUAAGCUCAGCGGUUCCACCGCCUGUCUCACAAGUGCAAGGUCUGGAGUUCGAUCCCUGGUUCCCCCCCAAAAAAGAAAAAUACACUUGGUAAUGGCAGUCCUACUUACCAUUUUUUCAUCUCUUUUUGAUCUGUUGUAAAUUAGGGGGAAAUGUCUUUAUGGUCUACAUCUAAUCUAAGAGGACUCUAAUUACUUAAAAGCAUUUAGAUCAUAAUUAAAAUUAUUUUUCCCAUAAAAUAUUAUGAUUGCACACUCCUAUUGUCUGAAUUUAUGUAAGAGGUAUAGCUUGUUUAAAAUACAUAUAUAUGUAAAGUUAUAUUUUCUUAGAAACAUGGAUAUUUGCAACCAUUGCUUUCAAAGAGAUUACUGUGUAUUCUUGUUUUACAGUAUGUUUUCAUGAAGACUGUUAUACCAGAAGCUUCUGAUUAUCAAAGUGAUAACCAGUUUUAACUGCCUGUACCAGAUUUGUGAAUUUAAAAAAACCACACAAAUUAUGAAUAAAAGGGAGUCUGCAAACUAAAUCCCA